AUUUGCUAUGAUACAAACUCAACUGCUUUCUUACUCUAACGUAAUCCACCACUGAGCUGCGAAUUUUCCUUCACCAUGGCGAUCACCACCCUAUUUUCACAAUGUCUCAACAACAACAAUCUCAAUUGCCUUCAAACGAAGCCAGAAUUGAAUUAGCGAAAUCAGCUAUCAGGCAAGGCCAAAUAAAACGCGUUCUAACUGCUGCAAUGACCUAUAAAACUUCUGAAAGUAUCCUGCGUACUCGCCUUAAUGGAACGGAGCUGCGAUUCCGCGGAAAAGAACUGCUUGACUCCCUCUCUUGGAUUAUGUCGACCGUUUGCCUUGUCGGAGACGCACAAAGGGACAAUCGUCCCGUUAUGGUCGAGGUUUCAAAGAGGUGGAUCGGUGAAAAGCAGGCAAAAGCCUCAAUUGAAACGCAAAACUGGAAGAACAUAUCAGUCUUGGAUAAACUGGUUGUCUUUGGGGUCCACUCGACUGGCUCUAAGCUAUGAGACAACCUCCCCCUCCUAUCCUAGGCUGGAUACAACGCUCGUGAGACCUGUCUAGGCGGUCCGUUGGACUUAUGUCUUGUCAGAGGUUGGUCAACGUCCAGUGCUCUGGGAUUUACUGGGACUUGAAUUGUACUAUCA